CCCCUUUAAAAAAAACGGAUAUGCGGUUUCCGGAUUGGCUGGUCCGUCGGACAAAUUGUUCCGUAAGCAAAUGUAGGAGAAGAAGAAGGGUUAUGGAUACAAUGAUUGAGGAAAAUGGGCCUUCAACACACGUGCAGCCUGAGGUGUCCCCGUCGUUCCGGGCCCGGCAGAAGCUAGAUGGGCUCCUGAACAAAAACAUGAAGAUCCGCAUGACGGACGGACGGACUCUGGUGGGGCUUUUCCUCUGCACGGACCGAGACUGCAACGUCAUCCUCGGGUCAGCGCAGGAGUUCCUCAAAUCCACGGACAUGUUCUCCCAGGGCGAACCCAGAGUCCUGGGCCUGGCCAUGAUCCCCGGCCACCACGUGGUCUCCAUCGAGGUGGAGGCGGACAGCCUGGAAGACACGCAGGGAUUCAGACCUCGCUAUUGAGGACACACUGUGCGACUGUCUCUCGGAGGGACCGACGUGCCGGUGAGCGCAGAGGGGAGCGCACGUCUUCGUUAAGGGGAUCUUAUGCAGGACUCCCGGGGUCAAUAUUCUGGAUUUUGGCAUUUCCACGUUUGCAGCAUCUGAAGCUGUACAAUACUGUGUGUCUGUGAGAGAGAAUGGAUGUGUGUAGUAAUGAUGUUUCAGUGUACUGAGAGCAUCUUUUGGUUAAUGUUUUACAAUAAAUACAACAAUUUGAGACCUUG